AGUAUGUGAGAAAAUGUUACAUUGCAUGUACCUCGUCUGUGGUCUUAGCCAACUCUACGAGUAGUGGUAGUGGGGAAACGGUGGUUUCGAGUUACUAGCGUGAGGGGAUUAAGUUAUAGACACCACUACCUUAGACACACCAACUUUCCAGCUCUUCAUAGUAGAUCUGAAUGCGCGAACGAAGAGCAUCGUCGAUUUCGCGAAUUGUGUCGACGAUCAGAAAGAAAUGUCGAACCGUGAUCCGGAUAAUUUAAUGGUUACGAAUGACGAAAAUUUUGACUACUUAUUUAAAAUUGUGCUUAUCGGCGACUGUGGUACAGGGAAAACAUGUUUCGUUCAAAGGUUUCGAUUUGGUACGUUCAGCGAGACACACGGAAGCACAAUCGGUGUAGAUUUUUCCAUGAAAACUGUACUGAUCGAUGACAAGAAAGUCAAGUUACAAAUAUGGGAUACAGCGGGUCAAGAGAGAUUUCGCACGAUACGUCAGAGUUAUUACAGAUCUGCCAAUGGUGUUAUUGUAGUCUACGACAUUACAAAGAGAUCUACUUUCUUAAGUUUACAACAUUGGGUUGAAGAAGUACGAAGGUAUACUUCGUCACACGUGUUGUUAGUUUUAGUUGGUAAUAGAUGUGAUUUAGAAAAUUUACGCGAAGUUGAAAAAGAAGAGGCAGAAGCUCUACGCGAGUAUCUUCCUGAAGUGUUACAAGUAGUGGAAACAUCAGCCAAAGAAAAUACCAACAUAGAUUUUGUAUUCUUUUACUUGGCAUCAGAGCUUAAAAGACGGCAUGAGAACCGACAAAUAAGUGCUAACGAAGAUGAAGUUGUUAGACUUGGUUCAGGAAGGAAAUUGUCUUCUUGCUCUGGUUGCUCUUACAAAAUAUUUUAAACAAUGGCCCUUGAACAAAUAACUUCCAUAUCACUUUGAAGUUCAAAUUUGUACCUAAUAAGAAAAAAGAAGUACAAUAUUUUUAUAAACAUUUAAAAAAAAAUGUGAUACUAACUAUUUCAAACGUUCUGUACCCAAUAUCUUAGAUGGAAUAAGGUGUUGGGGCUACACAUGAUUACAUUGUCAAAGACAAUAGUUUUGAACCAGUACUUUACAUAUUUCUUGUCUAAUUAUUGUCUAAUUAUCUAGACAUAUACUCAUUUGAUAAAUUAUUGCUGAAUGACUAUACAGUUUUAUCACAGAUUUUAGAUGAAAUAUUUAAAACACACUCUUGUAAAUAUGAACUCAUGGAUUAUAUAUACAUAUGUGUAUGUAUAUGGUGAAUCUCAAAAUAU